AGCGCUUUCUCGCCGGCUGGUCCCGGACUCUCGCCGCGCUCGGAGCUGCCUUCCUCCGCCGCCCUGUUCUCUGAGGAGCCGGUCUCAAAGGAGAACAGACGCUUCGGUGGCAGGAGAGCGAGCUGGGCCGGGGGUGAGGGGGCUGCCGACAGGAGCGGCGCGGCGCCGGUCCGCUGACAGCUUCGUGACGGGGCGCGUGGGGCUCCGGCUCGCCGCGCUCUCGUCAGUCAGCCCGCGGCCCCCGGGAGGGCGGGCGGGCGAUGCGGCCCCGAGCCCCGCGGCGCGCUGAGGAAGCCGGCCGCCCGGGAGACCCUGGAGCUCGUUUCUGCCCGCUGGAGGAAGCGAGCAUGGAGUCGUGAGCGCCCCCCGCUCGGCGCCGCCGCCGCCGCCGCCGCGGGCAGGCUCCCCAUGGCCGGGACGUACAGCUCCACCCUGAAGACGCUGGAGGACUUGACCUUGGACUCCGGCUAUGGGGCCGGGGACUCGUGCCGCUCGCUCAGCCUCUCGUCCUCCAAGUCCAACUCGCAGGCGCUCAACUCUUCCGCGCAGCAGCACCGCGGGGCGGCCUGGUGGUGCUACUCGGGCUCCAUGAACAGCCGGCACAACAGCUGGGACACGGUGAACACGGUGCUGCCCGAGGACCCCGAGGUGGCCGACCUGUUCUCGCGCUGCCCGCGCCUCCCGGAGCUGGAGGAGUUUCCCUGGACCGAGGGGGACGUGGCGCGCGUGCUCCGCAAAGGCGCGGGCGGCCGGCGGCUGCCGGGCUUCUCGGCCGAGGCGGUGAGGCGCCUGGCGGGGCUGCUCCGCCGGGCGCUGAUCCGCGUGGCCCGCGAGGCGCAGCGCCUGAGCGUGCUGCACGCCAAGUGCACCCGCUUCGAGGUGCAGAGCGCCGUGCGCCUGGUGCACAGCUGGGCGCUGGCCGAGAGCUGCGCCGUGGCGGCCGUCAAGGCGCUGUCGUUGUACAGCAUGAGCGCCGGCGACGGGCUGCGCCGGGGCAAGUCCGCGCGCUGCGGCCUCACCUUCUCCGUGGGCCGCUUCUUCCGUUGGAUGGUGGACACGCGCAUCUCGGUGCGCAUCCACGAGUACGCGGCCAUCUCGCUCACCGCCUGCAUGGAGAACCUGGUGGAGGAGAUCCGGGCCCGGGUGCUGGCCAGCCAGAGCCCCGACGGCGGAGGGGCGGGAGGUGGGGAGGUGUCCGCCGAGGCCCUGGAGAUGGUCAUCAACAACGACGCGGAGCUCUGGGGCGUCCUGCAGCCCUACGAGCACCUCAUCUGCGGCAAGAACGCCAACGGUGUCCUCUCCCUCCCUGCAUACUUCAGCCCCUACAAUGGUGGGUCCCUGGGCCACGAUGAGCGAGCCGACGCCUAUGCUCAGCUGGAACUUCGGACCCUGGAGCAGUCCCUACUGGCCACCUGUGUGGGGAGCAUCUCGGAGCUGAGUGACCUGGUCUCACGAGCCAUGCACCACAUGCAAGGCCGCCACCCACUGUGUCCCGGCUCCAGCCCCGCCCGUCAGACCCGCCAGCCACCACAGCCCAUCACCUGGUCCCCUGAUGCCCUCCACACGCUCUACUACUUCCUGCGGUGUCCACAGAUGGAGUCCAUGGAGAACCCCAAUCUGGACCCACCAAGAAUGGCUCUGAACAACGAACGGCCCUUCAUGCUGUUGCCGCCGCUGAUGGAGUGGAUGCGUGUGGCCAUCACCUAUGCGGAACACCGCCGCAGUCUCACCGUGGACAGUGGUGACAUCCGGCAGGCUGCCCGGCUUCUGCUGCCCGGCCUGGACUGUGAGCCCCGGCAGCUCAAGCCUGAAUGCUGUUUUAGUUCCUUUCGGAGGCUGGAUGCCCGAGCAGCGACUGAGAAAUUCAACCAGGACGUGGGCUUCCGCAUGCUCAACUGUGGGAGGACAGACCUCAUCAACCAGGCCAUUGAGGCCCUGGGCCCCGAUGGGGUGAACACCAUGGACGACCAGGGUAUGACACCACUGAUGUAUGCCUGUGCCGCUGGGGACGAAGCCAUGGUCCAGAUGCUGAUUGAUGCUGGAGCGAACUUGGACAUCCAGGUUCCAAGUAACAGUCCCAGGCACCCCUCCAUCCAUCCCGACAGCCGGCAUUGGACAUCGUUGACAUUUGCUGUGCUACAUGGACACAUCUCUGUGGUCCAGUUGCUGCUGGAUGCAGGUGCCCAUGUGGAGGGCUCAGCAGUGAGUGGCAGUGAGGACAGCUAUGCAGAGACGCCCUUGCAGCUAGCCUCGGCAGCUGGGAACUAUGAGCUGGUCAGCCUGCUUCUCAGCCGAGGCGCCGACCCUCUCCUCAGCAUGCUUGAAGCCAACGGCAUGGCCUCCUCUCUCCACGAGGACAUGAACUGCUUCAGCCACUCAGCUGCCCACGGUCACAGGAAUGUCCUGAGGAAGCUCCUGACACAGCCCCAGCAAGCCAAGGCAGAUGUGCUGUCCCUGGAGGAGAUCCUGGCUGAGGGCGUGGAAGAAAGUGACACAUCAAGCCAGGGCAGUGGCAUCGAAGGGCCUGUGCGCCUGAGCCGGACCCGCACAAAAGCCCUGCAGGAGGCCAUGUACUACAGUGCAGAGCAUGGCUACGUGGACAUCACCAUGGAGCUGAGGACACUGGGUGUCCCGUGGAAGCUGCAUGUGUGGAUCGAGUCUCUGAGGACGUCCUUCUCCCAGUCUCGGUACUCCAUGCUGCAGAGCCUCCUGCGGGACUUCAGCUCCAUCAGAGAAGAGGAGUACAGCGAGGAGCUGGUCACAGAGGGCCUGCAGCUCAUGUUCGACAUCCUCAAGACCAGUAAAAACGACUCCGUCAUCCAGCAGCUGGCCACCAUCUUCACACACUGCUACGGCAGCAGCCCCAUCCCCAGCAUUCCAGAGAUCCGGAAGACGCUGCCAGCCAGACUAGAUCCUCACUUUUUGAACAACAAGGAGAUGUCAGACGUGACCUUCCUCGUGGAAGGAAAGCUCUUCUAUGCACACAAAGUCCUGCUGGUGACAGCUUCUAACAGGUUCAAGACACUGAUGACCAACAAAUCCGAACAAGACGGUGACAGUAGCAAGACCAUCGAGAUCAGUGACAUUAAGUACCACAUUUUUCAGAUGAUGAUGCAGUAUCUGUACUACGGAGGCACGGAAUCCUUGGACAUUCCCACCGCUGACAUCCUGGAGCUGCUGUCAGCUGCCAGCCUGUUCCAGCUAGAUGCCCUGCAGAGGCACUGCGAGAUCCUAUGUUCCCAGACCCUCAGUGUGGAGAGCGCCGUGAACACCUACAAGUAUGCCAAGAUCCACAAUGCCCCAGAGCUGGCCCUGUUCUGUGAGGGUUUCUUCCUGAAGCACAUGAAGGCCUUGCUGGAGCAAGACUCCUUCCGGCAGCUCAUCUACAGCCGCAGCAGCAAGGUGCAGGGCCUGGACCCGCUGCAGGACCUACAGAGCACGCUGGCCGAGCGCGUGCACUCCGUCUACAUCACGUCCCGGGUCUGAGGUGCCCCUGACUCAAGGCAUCCCAGCGAGUAGGAGAGGCUGGAUGGAGAUGUGCUUGGGGGUGUCGGGCAGAAGCCCUCUUGGAGCCGGACUCACGGGAUUCCGUCUCCCCUAGUUCCCUAGCUGCCUUCGUUCAUGUCCAUCAGCCUGUCCCUGGGUGGACAGAUGUGCCAUGAGCCCCUCUGCCGAGUCAGUGAGGAGCAAUGGGCAGCUGUGGGUAGAAGGCGGCCCCGCUCCCUAUUUGUGCACUCACCGUGUGUGUGGCGCAACGGAGCCUGGUGGCCUCAGCUUUGGUUGCUGCUGCUGUUUGGGGGGCCAGAGAAGUCAACUCUGAAACUCUAGACCUAAAAUUAGGAUGGGCUCAGGAAGGGGAGGGCCCUUGGCCUAUGCCACCCUCUCUGCCUCCUCCCUCUCUCUCUUGAGAGAGUCCUUAAAGUGGACUAGGAAGGGCUGGAGGAAGAGGGCCUCUUGCUCCCUGUUCCCCUACCUGCAUCCUGUGGGUGCUGGUGGGCUGCGGCGUCAGGCCUAGCCCUUGUCAUAUUUAUGGAGCAGACACUGGGGAGCAUUCUUGAUGGACAGCUCGCUGUGGGUGUAGUCUUCUUCAGCUGUCUGGCUGCACCUUAGAAACUAUUUAUUCACCAAAAGCCCCUAGGGAGGUGUCACUUCUGUCACCUGGAAAAGACCUGGGGGGGGGAUGCAAACCUGGAAAAUAUUUUUGACUAGCUGCUUGAGCUGGAUGUACAAAGAAAUAGGCAUUAUUUUAUUGCUGUAAUAUUGUAUGAUACUGUAACUAUACAUUAAUGUUGUCACUUACUGUAAAUGUACUAUGGUUUUAUUAACAAUAAACACUUAUUAACAACUA